GACCGGCCUGCCUCUCUGAAGCCAUGCAGGACUGUGAAACUCUGCUCAAACUUCUUUGCUGUGUAGGUAUCAUGCAGCAAAUGACCUUAGUAAUAAGUGACCUGAGAAGAGAUGACCUCAACUGUCCUGAUCACAAAUCCAACUGUGUCCAGGAGUCACAGGAAGAAGACGUGGGAAAAGAAGCAAAUGUUGCCGUCUCUGGUUCUGAGUCUGUUGCCAUGGUGGAUAUGAAAGACGAAAAUAAAAAAGUGAACACUGACACAGAAAGAUACAUUCGUCAGUGCCGACAUAUGAUGUCAUUUCCUUUGUCACAUGUUGAUUUAAGCAGGCCAAGGGCAAUUGCAAAAUCACAGACGCUACCAAAUGGAUCUUUGGAAAGACUAUCCAAAAUAGAGAUGGCAACAUUGAGGUGCCAUACUGAUUCUACAUAUGAAAUUAAAUCUGAAUUGACCGAAGCUUCUAGUUUUGACCAACAGAAGGCAGGUGGAGGCGAGAAAGAGACCUUCAUUUCCUCUCUCACAGUCCAGCCCACCAAAACAACUCAACUCUUUGUUUUUCCAGAGAAUGCAAGCAUGCUUGACCCUGAACCUCAGACUGUGAAUGUGAGAAAUAUCGAUUCUACGGCAGGUAGUUACGUUUCACAAUACAAAGAGACUUUCAAGAUGAGCGCUGAGGUCAAAUUAGAGGUCAAAGGGCAAACCAAAACGGAGCCCUUGCAGACACUACAGAAUAACAGUACAGAGUUUAGCAUUUCACUGAACACAAAGCCAGUGUCUGGAACAACAAAUGUCCACCCGACUGAUACAGCCGAUGACGCGUCACGGACAAAAUCUGUUAAGGAUUCAAUCGCAGCGCCAAGUGGUUCACCUCGAAACCUGACCAGCGUAUCCAUGGAAACCGGAACUGGCAGCACCUCAGUCAAUAAAGUAAAGUCACUGGAGAAGAAUGAAGAAAUCAGAGCGACUAGUCGACCCAUGACACCGAUGCAAACGCAACCCGCAGCAAUUACUCAGCAAAUACCUUUUCAUCAACCUGGAAGUCCCAGUGCUGAAAGACAGGAAGCUAGUAGUGCAUUGAGAGAGAGCGAGCAAGAGCAGAUUAAACACACAGAUGAGACUCCAAAGACUAGACAGGAGGAUCUCAGAUUUAGAAGUGAGCAAAAAGCCCCUGUGAUUGAGGAAUCAGAGACUGAGGAUUGUUCUACAGGUGAUAUUGCUGCCUGUCUAGGACGUCCUACCACUGCGACAAGUACAACAACAGAGACCCACUCCAAUGAGAUGCACAGAAACAUAAACAGAGAAGGAGGUCUAGUACGCACAUCAGGUUUCAGAGGCCCAAGGGGGUAUCCAGGCACACCUGGCUUGCCAGGUCCUCCAGGUGAAAAAGGAGACAAAGGCUAUGCGGGAGUGAUGGGCCGGACUGGCCAGACAGGGUACAGAGGACCAAUCGGACCACCUGGCAUGCCUGCUAUUAUAGUCUGGUACACAUCAGAGGAAGAAUGGCAAGCAUUCAAGAAAAAGAAAUUCUACAAAAAACUAGUGUCGUUGUGGCCGAAAGUAAAAGGAUUACCAGGACCUUUGGGACCAAAUGGAGAGCAUGGACCACCUGGGCCCCCUGGAGUUCCAGGCAAACAGGGGAGGAAGGGAGAGCAAGGGAAACACGGACGAAUAGGACCAGUUGGAAUACCAGGGCCACCUGGGAGACCAGGACCAGAGGGCACAGCUGGGAAGGAUGGGGAGACGGGCCCACCAGGACCACCUGGGGAAGAUGGCCCUAAAGGUUAUGCAGGAGAGAAGGGCAGUAAAGGGGAGCUGGGUGAGUGGGGUGAUCUUGGCGAACAGGGGCCUCAAGGAACCAAAGGAAGGAAAGGAGAGAAGGGAAAAAAGGGACAGAAGGGCCUAGUUGGGGUAGUAGGAUAUAUUGGGCCACCAGGACCUAGAGGACCACAGGGAUUCAUGGGGCCACCUGGUCCAACUGGACAUACAGGAGAUUCUGGGUUCACUGGAUCACCAGGACCACCAGGUCUUAUGGGGCCAAGAGGGUUGAAGGGAGUUCCAGGUGUCAAUGGACCCCCUGGACAACUUGGAGAGAUGGGGCCAAGGGGACCAUCUGGCAAACCAGGAGAAGAAGGACCUGAUGGUAUUAUCGGUAUUCCUGGUGUUCCUGGACCACAGACUCAUUCAUUAUGUUACAUAAUCUAUUCAGGGGAAACCAGGGGGCGAUGGACCACCAGGUCAAAAAGGAGACCCUGGAGAUGUAGGAAUUGAGGGAGACAUUGGGAGUCCAGGACCACCAGGUAUAAAAGGUGCCAGUGGAAAACCAGGAAAACAUGGACCCUCAGGUGAUCCAGGUCUGAAAGCACAGCGUGGAAUGAAAGGAGACUCUGGCCAAAAGGG